CCAGAUUAAAUGGAUGCCAGUCUGUGGAUAUGGCUUCUGGUUUCUGCCUCGUCCAUCCUACUCGUACAUGCCGAAGUUUACAUUGCGUUGUUAGACGGUGAGCCUGUUGUUCAUAACAAGGCAACAACCAAAAUCGAUAGCUCAAGUGAUCAAGUCCAGAUUUAUUCCUCAUACUUAACCGCUCAACAUGAUUUUCUACUUGCGUCCACUUUCGGGGAGGAAUCGUACACGAAGCUAUACAGUUACAGCCAUCUGCUUCAUGGAUUUGCUGUGGAUAUCACGGAGGAACAAGCAGCUAAGCUCAAAUCCACCCAGGGUGUGAAGCUCGUCACCAAAGAAAGAAUCAUGCGAGCAGUGACAACGUACACUCCAAAGCUUUUGGACCUCCAACACGGUGCGUGGCCACAACUUGGCGGCCUAAAACAUGCUGGUGAAGGAAUUGUCAUUGGCAUUGUCGACACGGGCAUCAACCCCGAUCACCCAAGCUUCGCGGGGAACUCGAAGAAGCCUUUCCGUCCAGUUCCGCACUACAAGGGAAAAUGUGUGUCCGGCCAUGGUUUUCCGGCGAGUGCUUGCAACGGGAAAGUAAUUGGAGCUCAGUUGUUCGGAAAGUCUGUGGGCUACUCCAAUGGAGAUGGCACAGCGUUCGAUGCUGACGGACAUGGAAGCCAUGUAGCGUCAACUGCUGGUGGCAACAGCGGCGUUCCGGUGGUGGUCGACGGUGUCAACUACGGACUUGCGAGCGGAAUGGCACCUCGUGCACGGAUUGCAGUGUACAAAGCAGUGUUUGGUGAGAACGGAUUUGUUUCAGAUAUAAUUGCAGCCAUUGAACAGGCUGUUCGAGACGGAGUUGAUAUACUGAACCUGUCACUGGGCUCGGAAAAUGUAACUGAUGCGACUUCCGUUUUUAUGGACCCGGUUGAGCAAGCGCUGCUCUCUGCUGUUCACGCUGGAGUUUAUGUGGUACAGUCCGCCGGGAAUUUGGGCCCGGCCAAGAGUUCAGUCAGGAGCUUUAGCCCGUGGGUGAUGACUGUGGCCGCUGGCAACACUGGACGGCACUACAAGGCGUCAGUGCAGCUUGGAAACGGGAAAACAAUUGAUGGUCAAGUAUUAUCACCCCCGACUCCUCAACGUAAGAGCUACCCGAUUCUCAUGGCGGAGGACUCGUAUGUUGGAAGCAACUAUUCGGAAAAGAGCUGCGUCGAUUCUUCUCGAUUUAACCGGUCUCUAGUUCGCGGUACAAUUUUUGUCUGCCAAUACAGCUCCCUCGACAGCAUCAGCAUUCCAAACGUUCUCAGUGUUGCGCACGCAGCGAAGAACCUGAGUGCUGCCGGAUUCGUAAUGCUGCUGGAUCCGUCGUCCCCUUACGAUGGAUACAUGACAUCCCUAUAUUCUCUGCCAAUUCCGGGGCUCGUCAUCAACACUGUUAAUGCUAGCUCGGAGUUUCUGGAUUACUACUCCUCUCAGACCAAAAAAGCUGUUGCUAGGAUCAAUAAGAACUCCGUCGAAUACAACAGGACCGUCCCGAUUGUCGCUCCAUAUUCGUCUCGCGGGCCUAAUCUCUUGAACAACAAGGAAGAACCCGUCGAUGUCCUCAAGCCAAACAUUCUUGCUCCUGGUGAAGGGAUAUGGGGAGCAUGGUCUCCAUCAGCACCCGUGGAAACAGGCUCUAAGUUUGUGCUCUGCUCGGGAACAAGCAUGGCAGCUCCUCACAUUGCUGGCGUCGCAGCGCUGAUCAAGCAAAAGCACCCGAGCUGGACUCCGGCCAUGAUUUCUUCGUCCAUAAUGACUACUGCUUCGGUCGUAGACUCCAAAGGUGGUAUCAUCCAGGCCGUCACUGAUCAAGUGGUGAUUGGAACACCUUUCGACUUUGGAGCCGGAUUUGUUAAUGUAUCAGCAGCACUGGAUCCCGGCAUUGUCUUUGACGCAGGUUAUCAAGACUAUGUGAGCUUCAUGUGCUCGCUCAACACUACGCAGGCCUGGAAAGAUGCAGUCAAGCAGGCAACGCACUCCGAUUGCUCCAUAGCUAUGGACGCCGCCUACAAUCUCAACUCCCCCUCCAUCACCGUCUCCAGCUUGAAAGGAAACGUUGUCGUCCGGAGAAGAGUUUCCAGCGUGAGCGACGUCGCGGAAACGUACACUGCUGCGCUGGUCCGGCCCGAAAACGUCACGGCGGACAUCGUGCCGGCUACUUUCACUCUUGGACCGCAUCAGGAAGCGUCAUUCGAGCUCCGCCUCGGCCUCACGGAUGGAAAGCUCCUCGCGGACUACGUUUUUGGCCAACUUAUGCUGGUUGGAGAUAGAGGACACUCUGCCCGAGUGUUUAUAACUGUGGCAUCCAAGUGACGAGUAAACUCCAGGAAAGAUUGAUUUGCAAGUUCCCGCAAUAAAAGGUGAACUACCUCGAGAGAUUUGUUCUGAAA